AUGUCUUCCGCUCAGCAACGCUUGAACCAAGUCUCCUCCCACUUCAGUGGCAAGAAAGGAGCCGCCGGCGUCACCGAGAAACACCCCGAUGACAUUGUCGUGACAUGUGCUCUGCGCACUGCCCUCACUAAGGGCGGAAAGGGUGGCUUCAAGGACACUGCCGCCGCUGACCUGCUGGCCGGUGUCUUCAAGGCUGUGAUCAACAAGAGUGGUAUCGACCCCAAGGUCGUCGAGGAUAUUGCUGUUGGCUCUGUCCUGCCCCCCGGUGGUGGUGCGACCGAGUUCCGUGCCGCAGCUCUCGUUGCUGGUUUCCCCGAGACCGCCGCCGUCAAGAGUCUGAACCGUCAAUGCUCCAGUGGUCUUCAGGCUAUCGUUGAUAUUGCCAAUGCUCUCAAGUCUGGCAUGAUCGAUGUUGGUAUCGGUGCCGGUGUUGAGAGCAUGACCUCCCAGUACGGCCCCGGUGCCGUCACUGAGUUCUCCGAGCUCCUCGAGUCUCACCCCGAGUCCGCCAACUGCAAGGUCCCCAUGGGCGUCCUGUCCGAAGACAUGGCCAAGGACCGCGGAGUCACUCGUGCCGCCCAGGACUCUUUCGCUGCUUCUUCCUACCAGAAGGCCCUCAAGGCCCAGAAGGCUGGUCUCUUCAACGAGGAGAUCGCCCCCCCUCGAUGUCAAGCUGAUGACGGAAUCCGUGAGGGUAUCACCGCCGAGUCCCUGGGCAAGAUCCGCCCUGCUUUCGCUAAGGACGGCUCCAUCCACGCCGGUAACGCCUCUCAGAUCUCCGACGGUGCUGCCGCCGUCCUGCUCAUGAAGCGCUCCACCGCCGAGCGCCUCGGCCAGAAGAUCAUCGGCAAGUACGUUUCUGCCAGCGUUGUCGGUGUCAAGCCCCUUCUCAUGGGUGUCGGCCCCUGGGCUUCUAUCCCUCUUGCCCUCGAGAAGGCCGGUAUCACCAAGGAUGAUGUCGACAUCUACGAGAUCAACGAGGCUUUCGCCUCCCAGUGCGUGUGGUGUGUCAACGAGCUUGGCCUGCCCCAGGAGAAGAUCAACCCCAAGGGUGGUGCCAUUGCCUUCGGUCACCCUCUUGGCUGCACCGGCUCCCGCCAGGUCAGCACCCUUCUGACUGAGCUCAAGCGCACAAACAAGAAGAUCGGUGUCACCUCCAUGUGUGUUGGUACCGGUAUGGGCAUGGCCGCCGUCUGGGUUGCCGAGUAA